AUGGAGGGACUUGUUCGCCGUAGAUUUCUCGCUGGAUGCGGUAGAUUUCCCGCGGUAGUCUGCCUGCUUGUCUGCGCUCUUGCUCAUGGAGCCGCUGGGCAGAAAGUGAAGGUGGAGGCAGAGGUCCUUUCUUACCCGGGACAGACAGUCAACCUGCGCUGUGCCUUCACUGAUACCACAGGGGUGCAACUCACCAUGGUGACAUGGAUUUACGAGCCGAAGGAAGGAGAACGGAUCAACAUCGCAGUCUUUCACCCGAGCUUCGAUCCAAACUACCCCGAGUCUCCAAUGAAGGGCCGCGUCAGUUUCGCCCCCAGCCCCCCCAACCUGGCCAGCCCCUCCAUUCAGAUCCAGGACGUGCGCAUGACUGACGAGGGGAAGUACAUCUGCGAAUUCGCCACCUACCCCAGCGGCAACGAGCAGGGCAUCACCUACCUGGUCAUGCUGGCCAAACCGCAGAACGCCGCCUCCACUGUGACGGUUGAAGCCGGAGCCAAGAAGGUGGUGGUGGCCCGCUGUGAGUCCCUGAACGGCCGGCCGGCAGCUAAGAUCACCUGGGUGACCACGGCUAACGGCAACGCCACCACGGUGUCCACGCCAGCAGCCGACAACACUGUGUCCAUCACAAGUGAAUACGAAAUGAUACCCACUGCAAAGGACAACGGGAGGGACAUCAGCUGUGUGGUGGAGCACCGAACGCAGACCAAACCAGAGAGCUUCCCCUUGAAACUGGCUGUGCAAUAUGCACCACAAGUGGAAAUAAAAGGCUACGACAACAACUGGUACAUGGGCCGCACCCGUGACGUGACCCUGACCUGCAACGCCGACGGAAACCCACUUCCCACUACAGUCAUGUGGAAAGCGAUGUCGGGGGAGAUGCCGGACACUGUGCUGAUCAAAGACAAACAGCUGACGGUGCUGAAAGUGGACGACGCGGUCAACACCACUUUUGUCUGCGAGGUGAAGAAUCGUAUCGGCCUUGGGAAGGACCAGGUCACAGUGUUCGUGAGAGAGCCCACAGUGGACCCAUCCAAUGCCGGCGUGGUGGCGGGCGCAGUCAUAGGCUCCCUCCUUGCCCUGCUAUUGGUCGCCGCCCUGGUGGCCGUGCUGGUGACCCGCAGCCGCAGACAACAGCAGGGCUACCGCGCAAACGGGUCCGGCGACAUGAAGACACGCAUAUUCGGUGGCGGCAAGAAGUCCGCCAAAAACGGCACAAACGGCGGCACGGGGACCGGAGUGGGCGGCGCCAACAACAACGGACCCAUGUACGGCUACAACGAAAGCUCCUCUCACCACGGCGAGAAGAAUAACCAUCACCACCAGCCGCUUACCGUAGGGUCCACCACUCCGUCGGCUCAAGACAUCCUCCUGAGCAACGAGCUGGAUGACGCGGAGAGGAGAAAGUUCGACGAGUUGGAAGAGGAUGAAAGGUACGACCAUUUCGGAGGCGGCGGUGGGGCUCCCAUCCUGCAGCUGCGCCCCCACAAUCAGGAACACAUCAUGGGAGAUUACCUCGACGACGAUAUGGAGUCCCAGCGCGACGGCUCCGUGAUCUCGCGGACUGCCGUGUACGUUUAA